AUGAUUAAUGGUCUUUUGAUCAAAAUGCUUCACAGGAUAUCUGAAAACGACGUGAUGUGUGCUUUCAUCAUCGAAGCGGCAUCUUAUAGCGUUUUGUCUCACAAAUUGGAAGCAAAGUUAGAUUACCGAUUACUUCCUGGCCGCCUCGGGGCCCUUGACCACUACACGUAUAUAGUCCAUGGGCCCUACCAACCAAAACGCCCUUUCUUGGCCAUAA